AUGGUUAACCGGAUAAGGGGAAGGCGGUGGAGCGAUCAAACGCUUCUUCCUAUGCGCACCACACGUCAACUCUUUAACACCGUGUCUUGCUGGUAUUGUGAUUUCAAGUUUUCGACUUUCAACGAACCCUUAUUUCGUUUCGGUCGCAGACACUCCAGGUCCUUGAGAGUAUGGUUUUCCUUGGGAACUGGUUUUAGUUUGGCUGCGCUCUUUGGAGUCACAGUAAUUAUGGUUUGUGAAUUUGUUUGGGCAGCAUUUGUGUAUACGGGGAAUAACUCUCCAAGUGACUCAUUGUCGUUGCUGGGACUUUCCUCUUUGAUUGCUGGAUUAAACAUCUCACUUCCCAGUAUGGGAUACUUGUCUGUAUCUUCUGUAAUAUGCGUGAUUGUGCAUGAAUUCGGCCAUGCACUUGCAGCAGCCAGUGAGGGAGUCCCUUUGGAGUAUAUCGCUGUCUUUUGGGCUGUGUUAUUUCCAGGUGCUUUGGUGGCCUUCAACCAUGCAUCACUACAGUCCUUGCCUCGACUGGCUUCUCUUCGUAUUUAUUCUGCUGGUAUUUGGCACAAUGCUGCUUUUUGUGCAGUUUGCAACUUGGCACUGUUGCUUCUUCCUUUCAUCUUAAGUCCGUUUUACGUGCAUGGUGGAAACCCAAUGGUUCUUGACGUGCCUUCAACAUCACCAUUAUCUGGUUAUCUGUCGCCUUAUGACGUUAUAUACUCUAUGGAUGACAUCCGUAUUCAUACCCCUCAAGAAUGGAAGCAGACUAUUAUUUUCUUGACACAGAAGUCUCGUUCGAGUUUGUAUUAUAGCGGGAUAUCAUCAAAUGUGGGAAAAGGUUAUUGUGUUCCUCGCUCUUUGUGCAAAAUGAGCAUUCAUCUUCGGUUGGAAAAGAAUGAGACAGCGAUUUGUCCGAGCGAACUAGUUGCAUUUGCCCCCGUGAUUUGUGGUGGGGCCCAAGAAGAAACAAACAAUAUCUACUGUUUGGAUGCUAAAGAUGUUGUAAAACUUAAAAAAUGCGGCUACUAUGGUGAUGCUCAGUAUCCGAGUAAUCGAAGUGAUUGCCAUCUUUGUACUGAGGUAGAAUCAUGUUUGGCGCCAGUACAGCAGCUGGGUAAAGGAUGGAUUGAGAUAACAUAUUCAAGCCCACAAUGCAAACAUGACACGGAAACUAGUUUAUUUCCAGACAAGAAGCAAUCUAUUCGCAGCGAAGGAGAAAAUGGUUGCCUUCAAAGUUUUGUCUUCAUUGGUGACCUCGUCUCCAUGGCACAUUCAAUCCAUUUGACUUCAUAUCAACCUCGUUUUUCGAUUUAUUUCGGCACGCAUCUUCCGAAUUUGCUGGAGAAAUUCCUUACUUGUUCCUUUCAUGUCUCGUUGCUACUUGCCCUCCUCAACAGUCUCCCGGUAUAUUUUCUCGAUGGCGAAUGUAUCCUUGAAGCGAAUUUAAACUACUUGAGGUUUUUGAGCUCAAAGAUGAAGCGGACGAUUCUCCGGGUCUGGCUUCUAUUAGGGACUUCUAUAUCGAUGUUUUUUAUUGUGCAGAGCAUAUUUGUCGUUGUAAGUUGA